AAUGUUGAUGUAUUCGGUUGAGUCCAGAAUGAAUUAGAAUGCAUCGAAUUUAUCAUUGAUAUGCUAAUGAUUGUAUGGUUCGAUGGUCAGAGCGGGAAUUUUGAAUAGGUAGUGGUAUGUGAUGCUAGCGGAGAAACGCGUCACUUCACGCUUGCUAGCAGCAACGCAACACACGUUAUUUUUUAGAGCUGUCGCCAUUUUCAACACUUUAAACAUGUCAUCAACUCCAGCUACGAAAGAGGACAUUCAGGAGCUAUUGGCUCAAUUCUCAUCUAGUCAAGCUAAGAUACUGGAAGACAAGAUAGCUGAAGCUUCUGCCAAUUUUGAUACGAAGCUCAAAUCCGCCACUAGCGUCAAAUUAACCUGGAAAAGGGAAGGCCAUAAACGACAAUAUAACUUUAAUCAGUCCGUAUUGGAUCACGUCGUAGAAGCUGAACGCAAAAACCAGUCCACUGAAGUGCAGCAAGAGCUAACCAGUAUUAAAGCUCUGCUCGAGCAUCGUCAAAAGCUAAUCCGACUAGCCGAUACCAGCCCCUCUGGCUGGGCAACAGUCGAAGAAUACGAGAAUAACGAGUUGGCCAACGACUCCGGAGAUGACAAGAAGAUCACAAGGGCAGAAGACAGGGCGGCCAGAAAGCUUAAAGCGGCGUCCAGUAAGAAGUCCGCCGGGGCCAAGAGAUUCAAGACCGGUGACUACCACUACCAGACUCCUGCUCCCGCUACUACUUCUGUCGCUCCUGCUUCUCAAUUCCAGUUUUUUCGUGGCCAACGAUUCCCAACCAGCAAAGACAUCUGCUACGCUUGCGGAAGCCAAGGUCACUGGAGAAAAGCCUGUCCAAACAUCAGUAGAAGGCAAGACAAGAGCAACACCCCAAGUUUCUCCACCUAGCAAGGACACCGCAGCAAGCAAGUCUAGCACGUUCAAUGAACUAAUCUUCAACAGUGAUAACUGGAGACACCGUUCCGAGAGGAGCGCCAACAAUCAAGACCUGAGUUCUCUCGCCAACCAGCUGCCCUCCAUAUUGGUGAGCUCAAGAGCUUCAAGCACGGUAACUCAAUACAACUCAUCCUUUACCAGAUGGCAUCAGUGGGCACUGUCACAUGACGAGUCUCCCCUUCCUGGUGAUCCAUAUAUAAUAUCAUUAUAUCUGGUUCACAUCAGCAACUCAGCAUCGUCACCAUCGCCAAUUAUCAGUGCUUCAUCAGCAAUUUCCUGGGCACAUCGCAUGGCCAGUUUGGACGACCCCAUGAAGGAUCCAUUGACUGUUCAAGUCAUAGAGGGACUCAAACGAACACUCGCUAAACCAAGGGCAAGAAAAGAGCCAAUAACACCCCAGAUCCUAGUACAGAUGGUACAAUUGCAAGGAGCUGACAGAUCAGUACAUAACCUAAUGAACAUUAGAACUUUGGCUAUGGCUUUAAUAUCUUUUGCAGGUUUCUUAAGAUUUAAUGAGUUAGCCUCGCUUAAGAUGCAAGAUUUAAUGUUCCAUCAUGACCAUUUGUCAGUCCGGAUUCAGUCAAGUAAGACAGACGUGUACAGACAGGGCAGUGAAGUUAUUAUUGCUAGAUCAUUUUCUCAGACUUGUCCAGUAGCCAUGUUAGAGCUUUAUAUUAAUCUUGCAGAGAUUUCCAGUGGUGAUAAAGAGGCUUUUGUGUUCAGGAACUUAACAAAAGUUAAAAAUGGUUAUUCCCUGCGCAAAAACAAUCAGCCCAUGUCAUAUUCCAGAGUUAGAGAGCUAGUUUUGAAAGCAAUUUCUCCAGUAGUUGCAGAUGUUUCCAAAUUUUCUUUACAUAGUUUAAGAUCAGGUGGAGCCUCAGAGGCUGCUAAGGCUGGUGUAGCCGACAGAUUGUUUAAACGCCAUGGGCGUUGGAAGUCGGAGACGGCUAAAGAUGGUUAUGUCCAAGAGAGCUUUUCUAACUUAUUAUCUGUUUCUCAGCGGUUAGGUAUCUAACAUCCACCCGUUCUUUAUUUAUUCAAGCCGAUUGCUGCAGCUCGCACAAUCCCAAAUUAAUGAGUAUAGUGUGUUUUGUUUGUGUAUGAUGAUUUAAAUGAUAAAUGUUGAUGUAUUCGGUUGAGUCCAGAAUGAAUUAGAAUGCAUCGAAUUUAUCAUUGAUAUGCUAAUGAUUGUAUGGUUCGAUGGUCAGAGCGGGAAUUUUGAAUAGGUAGUGGUAUGUGAUGCUAGCGGAGAAACGCGUCACUUCACGCUUGCUAGCAGCAACGCAACACACGUUAUUUAUUUAAUUAUAUGCUAUUGUAAUGGCUAAAGUAAUUCUAUCUUAAAAUACGUUGUUUUAAGAACCUCCCAUUAUCAUUGCUUAGCUAGCCUGAGAGCGGUGGUCAGCAUAGGUCAGGGCAUACGUUUCCACUUUUUCCAAAAAGGUUUGUGGUUUUUCGUAUCUGGCGAUCACCAAAAGCAAUGGGUCGAAUUCACAGUUUGUGAUUAAUACUUAAUAUGUUGAUAUAUAUCUCGAUGUAUAUCGUGCAAAGUUAUCAGUAAUAAUGAUGUGUAAUUUGAGAAGUCGAUGAAACAGUGUAAGCUAAUUAAAAGUAUUGGUUGCUGCAGCUCGCACAAUCCCAAA